AUGGUUCAUGCAUGAGGUUGGGGAGAGAAUGGGAGAUGAUUAGUUUGUUUCUGUCUCAGUCAGUUGCGUGCCACUUUGAUUGGGGCAGAAACUAAUUAUUUUCCAGGUAUUCACGUAAAAAAUUUAGCAUAAUGCAAGAAUCAGAGGAAUCCAGAGAUCAGGAGACAAUUCCAGACCAGGUGGAUGGAGGAAGUUUGAGUGCAGAAAAGAAUAGGGGUGCAAAGGCCAGCGAGAAGCGUCUUUCCUCUUCUGACUGGGACAGAAAAGGGAUAUCUGUACCCAUUGUGCCAUCAAAUGUACCCGUUCCAGGCCCCUCAAACAACCCCAUCAUUAUUUCCAUUGGCCCUCCACAUCGUUGUCCCUCUGUUUCCAGUGAGUCCCAGUACCAGGGUCUCUCUCGGCAGGACGACUACACCAACAGGGAUGGAUGGAGAAGGGAAACAGUGCAAUGUUACCCACCAACUAGCAAGGGUGGCAUCCCCAAGCAAACAAUGGAGGAACUGAGAAGUGUGUUGCGUGAGAGCCCCCUACUGAGCACAAAACGGCAAGAUGAGGGAAGGAGUUACCCUCCGGGGCAAAGGGUGGACUGUAAACCAGAUCAGGUAUCAUCCAAGAGUUUCACCACAUUCAAGCCCCUUUCAGAGAUCUCUAGGAGAGCAUCCAGGCUAAGGGAAGGAAAUUCAUCUAGAUGGGAUUCUGAUGGGUCAUCGAGGACUGAUGGACCUCCAAGCAGAUCCUCUGGUGUGAAUUCACCCACUGCUGAGAGAUCCCACAGGGAUGAAGCUGGCACAUCAUACACAAAUUACAAGGAGAGCUCCCAGGCACACUCUUUCGCAUCUCAAAGCUUCAUCUCUGAUGUUGAGCACAUAAAACAACAAAUUGCCCGUGAAAAUAUAAACUUUGUUCGCUUUGAGGCCACUGAUCUUCAUGGCGUAUCCCGAUCCAAGACUGUUCCAGCUCGGUUCUUUCAUGAAAAAGCUGUAUAUGGCAUUCCUAUGCCAAGAAGCUACCUGGAGUUAACCUUGAGCCCCAGAGUUAAUGAGGUUGAUCAUCCAAGUGCAGCCAACUUCAGCAGUGAUGUUCUCCUGCUCCCAGAUCUCUCCACAUUCCAGAUCCUCCCCUGGGCAGACCAGACUGCUCGUCUCAUUUGUGACCCUUGUACGAUCACAGGGGUUCCACUUCGCACAUCACCCCGCCUUAUAGCCAAGCAGAUGCUCGGUCAACUUCAGAGCAUGGGAUUUUCUCUCCACUCCUCCUUCACGUAUGAGUGCUGUAUCUUUGGGUCCCCAGAGAGAUUGGGUCCCAAGGCUGUGUUCUUCCCUGCUACCACUCUGUUGAGCAACUAUGAUCUGCCCUUCCUACAGCAGCUAGUCAGGGGGAUGUACUACAUGGGUGUGGAUGUUGAGAGCUUUUCAUCUGCCAAUGGACCAGGACAGAUGGAGAUUUGCUUCAAACCCAGGUUCGGGAUUGAAGCCGCUGACAGCGCCUUUACCUUUCGUACAGGAAUUAAAGAGAUGGCGAGGAAGUACGACUACAUAGCCACCUUUUUCACAGAUGACAACAUUCACAAUUCCGGGUUACUGUCCCACAGCCUCUGGGAUGCUAGUGGAAGAAGGAGCCUCUUCCACUCCGGCAAUGGAGAACUGUCAGAGAUUGGCAGGAAGUGGCUCUCAGGUCUUCUCCAACACUCUGCCGCUCUAAGCUGCCUUUUGGCUCCAGGGAUCAGCUGUCAAAACCAGCUUUCCAAAGGCAAAAAAGAUUCCAAGCACCAGAUUUAUUCCACAUGUGGCUGCAAUGACAACAGCUGCACCUUCAACGUGAAGGUUCAUGGUGGACGGGAGACACACAUUGAUAACAAGCUAGGUUCGGCAGUGGCUAACCCUUAUGUAGUGCUGGCAGCCACAAUAGCAGCAGGACUGGAUGGUAUUAGGCGUAAUCUCAGUGUUGAACAGGCCCUGAGCCGGGCUCCCAUGCAGCAGAAACAGUUCCCAAUCCCUGUUAAACUGGACGAUGCUUUGGAGGCCCUAGCAGAGGACAGUGUGAUUCGUAGUUCACUGGGAGAACCUUUUGUGCAGUAUUUUAUUGCCAUGAAGCACAUAGAGUUGGAGACCCAAGAGCAGGAUGCUGAUAGAAACAAGGGACUUGAGUAUUUUAUUUAAAGAUAUUCUAAAAUUCUAAGCUAUUGCUGAAUUUAGUGAAUGAUUUUGUGUAUUUAAAUAUAUUUAAAGAGAAAAUACAUUUCUUGACCCUCUGAUUUAUUACUGGAGAGAAAUAAUACCUCUUUUGGCAAAAAGCUGAAAAAAUUAAAUAAAAUCAUGCAACUGACUGA